GCUCUGCGCAUGCGCUCCUGAACUUUUCCGCGUAGCCAGUGCUGCUGCUGCUGCACUUCCUCAUUGACAACAGUGAAGUGCUCCACAGUCUUCCGACGUUUUCUGACUAAAAUAACACACAGCGCGUUUAGUUUUGUGCCACCUCUGUGCCUCGAAAAUGUCGAAACCUCCUCCCAAGCCGGCUAAACCAGGUAAGACUCCGUUCGUCAAUAUUUGUUGUGUGAAUUUAGCCUGAACAGCUCAGUGUCCUACGGGGGACAGACAGCACACCUUGUCGGCGCUGUAAGCUCAGCAUUAAUGGGCGGCCGGUGAGCGCUACUUGACAAAGUUCAUGACAAAUGCUUUUUCGUUGUUUGUGUUUUAAGACAGCAACGAGAGUGCGUGCAGAGAGCUGGUAAUCUCGUAUUUUUUAACAUUAUAUGUUGUUUCUAUACGGGGCAGGACUACAGACAGAGGGGGUGGUUAGUGCCUUCAGGGCUGAUUGACAGGAGGAUCCAGCUCUCAGCAGCAGGCCUCUGUAACUUCCCUAUUUCCAUCAGUCAUGCACAGAGACUGCCGUCAUCCAGCGGUAGUAGGUCGUGGGUUAGAGGGUUAGAAGGUGAUGAUGAAGCUGUUUGGUCAGUGACUUCAUUUUGAUUUCCUCCAAGACCAGCCUGCCUUUCUAAUCUGGUAACUCAAUCCCAGAGAUAAGGAAAUGUGUCUAAUUCCUAAAGGAUGUAUCAUUUACUCAUGGUAUACUUUACUUUAGUUAUCAAAUGUAAAUAAUUAUAAUUAUUACUAUUAUAAUGAUAAAAAUAGAACGUUUUUUAAAUGUGGGAAGUAAUAAAAAGAACCAUAAAGACCUUCACGUUGUUUUCCAGGUAAUUUACACUCAUCCAGUUUUGAAGGAAAUCUGUGCAAAACAGGCAGAUCCAAAAAAAGGGUCCAAAAUAUAAAACACCUUUUAAAAAGAAUUUUCCUUUGUUGCAUGAUAAAAUGACCAAGUUUUCCUCUAUUUGACCUGUAAAUACAAUGUUUUUUCUAUUUUGAGAGUUGUGUUUGUCCAAUGAUUUGAAUCCCUUGAAAAAGACACUUAAAUCCUAACUUAAUGCAACUAAAAAGCUUAAAAACACAAUAUUCAUGAAGGUUAAAAUUGAGUUUUUCUGUUGAAUAGCUGAAUUUAAACUCCUGAGGGGAACUUUUGGUUUAUGCCAAUUUUUGCACCCCCUGUGGACAAAAUUAUCUUUGCAUAUCUCACUCUCUUUAUGCUUAUGUCAUGUCUUUUACAAAAAUAUCUUAUCAUGCUGUUUUUUGACAGUUGAAUACAUCAGUUAUUCUAAGUAUUUUAAGUGGAAUUAGCAAAAUCAUGGCUGACACCUACCCCCUCACACAGGUUUUAGGCAUUAAAAAUAUAAUGUAAAAGUUGUCCGUCUUGUUGCAGAUGAUCUUGUUUGCUUUUGGAUAACUAGUGAAGGCAUUGGCAGGAAUUUCAGUCUUUUUUAUUGAUGUGAAAAAAAAAUUAAGAUCUUUAACAUUAAAUUUUUAAUGCAACUCUAUCAUCAGGGUAACAAUGAAGGCCGAUUACAGUAUUGCAUGAAGCCACCUGUAUACAAGAGGAAGAAAAUGACAACCAAACCCUAAUGCAGGGGUUUUCUAUUUAGAGUUGUACAACUUGGUCUUGGUUGAUAGGUGACCCUCAUGUUUCACUUCCAUUAAUAAACUUGCGUAAGUGUGUUAACCCAGAUAGAAUUAACCAUUCGUUCAUGGGUUGAAAUAAUGACCCAGUUUUUAUUAGAGGUAGAAAAAAACAUGUCAUUUUCAGUGGAGGCUUGUGUGUUAUGUUCUGCCCACCAGCUGUGUCUUUGUGAAAACAGAGGAGCACAAAACUGGAGCAAUUAAAGCAUCAUUUUCAUUCACACUGCUCAUGCUUAGGCAUGAGUCAGCUUUUCAUAGCAGGUGAGAUCGUCUUUCCUGACAGAUGGCUGGUUGGCCUUGUUGAUCACAGUCACAUCAACUUUCAAAUGCAGCUUUAUUUAUGUAGCAAUACACACAGAGGAGGUACAACACUAUGAGAUAAACAGGCCUCAGUGUUAAAACAGAAUUUAGUGACUUGAAUUUUGCAGGUUCACUCAAAUCUGGAUUGACAGCAGCUUCCAGUAGAUGUGUUUUCGCACGUACUUAUACCUCAAAAACUUUCCCCUGAAUACUUUCCAAGUAAUUUUUGCAGCCUGUAAAGCUGAUGGUUUAUAAAUAUUCCUCAUAUUGAUAUUUUGAAAAUUGGUUCCUCGCAAAAGAUUGGAUUAUAAACCUUUUUUUUCUGUUGGUUCUUAAUGUGAUCUUUUGUGUAACAUAGUGUUAAACGUUGUCUUUUAACAGCCACACACAAAAUAGAUGAAACAAGACCAAGCUUAUGAGUCAAAUAUUUUUUCCUUUUUCAAGGAGAAUAGUUUGCAUGAGAGUGAUGUACAUUCUUUGGUCUAAAACAUCACAUUCAGGAUUAUAGGCUCCUGGUGUCAUAUUUUUGGAGGUUUAUAUGGUGAGGUCUUUGGGUUGGGCUUCCAGCAGGAAUGGGGAAUCGAACAGCCUCCAAGAUCAGACAUGCAGAGCUGUAGGAGUUGUUUUGCAAUAAAAUAACACAGCUGGAAAUCAUCAAAAACCCACAAGCAAAUGAAACUCACUGACAAUGAUUUUCUUCACGCUAAGGAUAAAUUUAUCCUCCUCUUUGAUUGAUUUUGCUUCAAUAAAUCCUUAAAUGUCCCAAAGGCUUUAAAACGCGCAGACAACGUGGACUAGUCCUCACAGAUCUUUUGUGUUUCAUGAAUGACAUGACCAGGCUUGCAGACGGGACAUGCUUGCGGUGGUGAACAGAGCGGGGUUUGUGUAGAAGCAGCUCUGCAGCCCCUCUCAUUCUGACACACUGAGACAGUGUUAGCUAAAUUGAAACUCCGAGUUACAGCAGAGGGGGGGUUAGAAACCGUCGAAUGUUAAGGUCUUAGUUUGAGAAACAGAAAAUAAAUCAGUGGACUGAGAGAACCCUCGUGAAGUGAAUGUAUUACAAGCAAUGUAGAGAAAUAUUUUUAACACAGAAGGAUGUGGAUGUUAUCUUUUUGGAUCCUGUACCAAUUUCACAAACAUUAUCAUGUGGAUGUUACAGAAAAUUCAAUGAAUAUAUCCCUCAUUUUUGCUGCUUUUUUACUGACAGCACGUUUGUCCGACUAACAUAUUUCCUAAAACUGUCUUGCUUAAAGCUCCUAUGAUGAGGGUUUUUUCAUAAUAAUAAAAUAGACUGAAAUUCAUAGUGAUAUCAUAAAAGCAAACAAGAUCAUCAGCAACAAGAAUGACAAUUUUUGAAACUGGUGCAAGAGGGAUGUCAGCCAAGCAGCUGAAGACACAACCCCAGUUUUACUGUUUCCACAUAGAUUAUUAUAGACAGUAAAUGAUACAUUUGACCAUCAACAGUCAAAAGAAACUCUUAACCCUUUAAUGCGUCUUGGAUCAUAUUUGAUGCAUACUUUUAUAUGCUUCUAUCAAAUCAAUAAUAUGAUCAACAAAUUACUAAAAAAAACACCCGAAUACAGUCCGAUAAAUGUUAAAAAUGUCCUCUUGUGUUUUAUCAGUUUCCAAAAACAUCUAAUGUAUCAAACAAGAUAAAUAAAUAUAUUUGUUGAAUUUUAAGGACAUUUUGAUUUUUUUUUUUGGUUUUCAGUAGUAAGUGAAAUAAACAUUUCAGCUCCAAAAAAAAUUGGAAUUUCUAGCCAUAAUUUGUGAUGUCAGGCAUUAAAGGGCUACCCUUGUGAACAACAAGAUAAUGAAAGGACUGCUUUGUCCACAGGGGGCGCCAAAAUGGAUACACACCAAAAGUUCCUCACAGGAGCUUUAAUGGUCACAGUAAAGUAUAAUAUAUCAACAGUACUGCUGCAUUUUAUCAGAUCUUGAACCCCUGUUUUAGGCUUGCACUAUAUGAGAAAAUCAAAAUUAAGUGAUAACAUCAUUUGAUUCAUUGCAACAAUAUGAAGCCCUACAAAUCAACAAAUAUGAAAGGCUGCAUAUUUGCCAUAACUCAGUUCAUCUUUGUACUUGGUGUUUUUCACAAUAUCAAUGUUUGCAUCUUAUUCCUACUCCCAAAAUAUAACAAGUAUAACCCCAACCACUUAGUCAUCACUAAUCAAUAUUAGAUUAGCCGAUACCUGGCAUGAACUUGAUCUGACUGCAUGAGUAUAUUGUGAAAGCAUGGCCUUCCUACCUGGCCUCCCACCCUAGUUUUACAGUUCAUUGUGAUAAAUCCAGACUUUUGUGAUGCAUAAACUGCAGAUUUGUCGCAAUUGUGAUUACAUGCACAGCCUGACCCUGUAUUGUGAUAUCAAACAAAAUGCCAGAUUAGACUGCCCUACAUAUUUGCAGUGAAUAUAAUGCAUUGAGUGUGUUGAGUUUGUCCUCAGAGUCUAAACUUAAGUCUGUGUAGUAAAUUAUGCUUGUCAGUAGUUUACAGCAACAGUUGUAGGACUAUAAAAUAUAAAGUUGUACCUGUUUCUUUAAACUACUUUGCUGGUCUCCAUGAACUAGUUGGGCUGACAGCUAAGGCCGCAACCACUCUGGUAGCAUUCCAGCAGCAGAACUAACGCCAGGCUUCACAGUGAGCCAUGUCAGACCCCGAGGGCAGCCAGCUCAGGCCAACACACACACACACACACACACACACACAAGGAGAGAGGUUAUGUGAUCAAGUCCCUGUGCAGAGUGUUAAAAUGCUGAGUAUUGUUCUUGACUGGAGCAGUGUUGUUUUAGUGAACAGUGGUGCUUGAGAGCAAACAUCAGGGGCUCUAGGUUUCAGUUUAAACAAGUGCAUUUUAGAGAGAUGUUACAGCUUGAGUGAGGCGAUGUUCUGCUUUCCACAUAUUUCUCAUUAAUAGUUUAAUUCAGCACCUUUCAACAGCAUUUUGCACUCACCUUCUGCCUCGUCACAGUUAAAAUAAGCCGAUGAAUCUAUAGAGCCGUGAGGCGGCAGUAUGGAUGGUUUCACUGAGCUGUCUCUCCAGUUUAUUCUGUCCACCACUUUAAUUUACACAGAGAUAAUGUCGAUUUGUGAAAUAUCUCUUUUGCCAUGCAGUCUGAUGUUGUGGUUUUGUCUCCACUAGGCCAGGUCAAAGUGUUCAGAGCCCUCUACAACUUCGACCCCAGAACGGUAUGAACUUUUCAUCUGUUACAGUGUUUCUCUGAAGACCAAACUAAUAACCGAUGAUAUGACCUUGGUGGAGAUAUUAAAAGACUGGGUGAUCUUAUGAUCAUCCUUUUGGUAAAUACCAGGAGAAACAGUAAGAACUCGUAUGAAGUUGAGCAGUUAUAUUUUUGAGCAGGUGACAAACAAGAGAAAAAAGUGAAGAAUAAAGUGUUAAAAAUAAAAAAUAACAUUUGUCAUUAAAGGUUAGAAAUAAAGAAAAGUCUCUUUAUUUUCAUUUUUAGCCUGAUGAGCUGUACUUUGAAGAAGGAGACUUCUUGUACAUCUCUGACACAGUAAGUGAAAGACAUCCCCAUAUCCUAUUCUGAAUCUAAAUCUGGACUUCCUCUACCUUCUUUCUUUUCUCUGAAUUAUAUUUUUGGACAUUUUCAUCUUUUGUAUUUGCGCUUUUUUCUUUGUUCCCCUGAUAUUGCCUUUCCCAUUUUCUCAUUUUGCUUUUUUGAUGUUUGAUCAAAAGCAAAUAUCCUUUUUCAUCCUCAGAGUGACUCAAACUGGUGGAAAGGGACGUGCAGAGGAAAGACAGGACUCAUCCCAAGUAAUUAUGGUGAGAGAACAUGUGUUAAAAAAGAUGAGACAUUUUGUAUGUUUCAGAAACCAAAAUACUGCUAAAUACAGAGCUCUCUUUUAUGUGAUAGUCCAUCAUCUCCUGAGUAAGUAAUCGAUGUUUGUUUUGUUUCAGUGGCUGAGAACGCAGAAUCUAUUGACAACCCAAUGCAUGAAGCAGCCAAACGAGGUGAGCAAACUUUCAUCUUUUCUCUUUUAAUAUCACAACUGUCUUCUCUGCGACAACAUUGAUUCACUGAUUCUACAAAAAUCUCCCCCUUCAAAAAAAAAAAAAGAACGUCCAAACGUUAAAUGGCCAAAUGUCACUUCUGUUUCUGCUAUGGAGCUCUUUCACUGUUUGCAACUCGAGUAUUUUCCCCUUUCCAUUUUACUUUCUGAGUGCUUUGUACGUGUGUGCACAUUUUUGUGUACUUAAACAGGAAAUCUGUGCUGGCUGAGGGAAUGUGUGGAGAACAAAGUGGGAAUUAACGGGCUGGAUAAGGCUGGGAACACCGCCCUCUACUGGGGAUGUCAUGGAGGACAUAAAGGUAUCCAUCAUGGUUUGUUGAUAAAUAGAGGUUAAGAUUAACUUUGAAUAUGAACAUACUACACACACUAACAGCAGAAAAAGAGACUUGGAGAUUGUUGAAGUUUGGCUGAACUUUGAGCAGCGAGCUACUGAUUGUAGUUACAUAAAUCAAAACUUUGAUAAGCAGACACAGAAGUUUGAGAUGAAAGUGAAGUGAACAAAAAACAGGAACUUGUUCUUCUCUGUUUUCCUCCAUUGUUCGCAGAUGGCUGUUAUUUGAUCUGAUCUGGGUGUUACUGCUUCUACUCUGUGUGAUGGGUUUUUUUGUAGCAGUUAACAGCACCUUAAAGGGGUGUUUAUCUUUAGCUUUUAGUUUUCAGAGAAUUUACCCAAGUGCAGUUUUAGAAAAGAAAUAUAAAUAAUAAUAUCUCAAAAAAUACUUACUCUUUCAUGAUCCCUUAUCAGUAUGAGUGGAUUAAAGAACAGUCCCAAAAUACAUGACAGUGAUCUGCCAUUUCAUUUCAUCCAGCAUUCAUCCUGUGCCGCUAGGAUUUGAAUAAUGCAAAUUUCCAAAUCUUUCCAUUUAUCUGAGUAAACACCUGCAUAAUAUCAAUCUGUCAUUCUUUCUGUUUCCCUCUUUUCGUUGAUUCUGUCUUAGAUGUGGUGGAGGUGCUGCUUAGCCAGCCUAAUGUGGAGCUUAACCAGCAGGUGAGUUUUCUAAUUCCACUCAAUCAAUGUCGUAUUAAAUGUCUUAUUCUCUAAAAUAACAAGCUUCUACAAAGCUCUCGAACAACAGUGAUUCCAGUUUUACCAGUUGUGAGUCAGAGUGUUUUGCCAGUCAUUAAGUGAAAUUACAUUUAGUUAACAACUCUUAGGGGUGCCGCUGGCGAAGCAGUCUAGAAACCCACCCCAUACAUGUGGGUUGUGCCUCAAGUUUGUUUGGGUUCGAUUCCAGCCUGCUCCGUCCUUAGUCCCUCCUCUAGCCACCGUCUUAUCCUCACAAAUAAAGGCACAUAAAUCCAGAAAAUACAGCAAAAACUGUCAGUUUUAACACGUCUCCACUUGUCUAAAGAUGACUAAUGUUUUUGGUUUCAGAAUAAACUUGGGGACACCGCACUUCACGCUGCUGCCUGGAAAGGUUAUUCGGACAUAGUGCAAAUGUUGCUGGCCAAGAGUGAGUAUGAAGUUGCAUCUUAACCUGCAAUGGCCAACCAGCUGCCCAGUUUCAAAUAUUAUGUGCCCUCAUGUGAACAAAUUUCAUUCCUGCGUCAUUUUAUUUUGUGCGUCUUUCUGCUUCGAGUUUCCAGUUAUUUAGUGUGAGUGUUUUUGUUUCAGAUCCAAGGACAGACAUCAGGAACAACGAGAACAAGCUGGCUGGAGAGAUGGCCACAAACCCCACGUGUGCUUCACUUAUUAAAAAGAAGCAGGGAGGCAGUAAGUAUAGCUGCCACAAGGGGGCAGUCAUACAGCACUCACACAAACACAAUAAGGGAAGAAAAUGAGAGGUGCUCCUUAAUUGUGAUUAACUGUCAGUGGAGGGAGAUGGAGAUGAAGAGUCCACUUUGAGAUCAGGAUGAGAGACAUUAUUCAACUAAAACACUAAACCUGUUAAAGAGAAAAAAGUUAAAGGGAUAUUCCGGCAUAAAAUCAAGUUAGGGUCAAACACACCGUAACACAGAGUUAGACACCCCGUCAAGAGAUGAAUGAUGCCGACCACUUGCUGCUCUAGUUAUACCAACUUAAGUAACGACUGCACGACAGUGAUACACAGCGGUCCCAGGAGCCACUCGCUCAACCAAAACACCACUCUAUAGCCACAAAUAAUACUCAGAACAGCACCUAACUUCAUCAACAGUACAUUUCGGGUCCCAGCCACAGCACUAGCCACCAAACAUCCUUUAACUUUGCCUAAUUUCUUUAGAAAACAGACUAAACACAACUCACCCACUCUCUUCCAGCAGCUGCUUGUUUGUGCGGAGACCUCAGGCGAGUUUAUUACUGCAGUGGGGUGACGCAGCUCAAGGAAGAACAUUUAUGAUAAUUUUUUUACCUUUUUCUUGAAGUAAUAAUCAUCUUAUUAAUGAUUUUGCACUGCAGACCUGAAGAAAUGAUCAUAAAUGUUCUUCCUUGAGCUGCGUCACCCCACUGCAGUAAUAAACUCGCCUGAGGUCUCCACACAAACAUGCAGCUGCUGGCUUUUUGGUUGAGCGCGUGGCUCCUGGGACCGCUGUGUAUUGCUAUCGUGUGGUCGUUACUAAAGUUGGUAUAACUAGAGAAGCAAGCGUUCGGCAACAUUCAUCUCUCGAGGGGGUGUCUAACUCGGUGUUACGGUGUGUUUGACCCUAACUUAAUCUUACGCCGGAAUAUCCCUUUAACAAGACGGGAAUACUUGGUCAGGAAAAACACCAAUUUAUAGUAGGAGGAGGAAAGCUAUUGAAUUCAAAGACACUUACUACUGACUACUGGCGAAGGUCUUGUUCUUGAAUGCAUUACCCUCUCAAACCGGGAACUUAUUUAAAUUGUGAUUGUGUUGUCUUGCGGUUGUUUCGUUGUUAACUGUCCAUAUCUUGUGUUUCAGACAUCACCCGCACACAGAGCAAUGCUGAAGAGUAUUUGGACGAUGAAGACUCGGACUGAGUCGGACCUGUUGAUACAUUCGCCUUCUUCCACUGGGUUUUUUUUUUUUUUUUUUGGAGGGGGGGUUGUGUAGAGAUUUUUACAAACACAAAGUUGGAAAUAUUUUUUUUUGCUUUGUUUCUUCACUUAACUCCAUAAUUUUUUCAAACAUGUCAGUUCUCAACCCUCUGUGUAUUAUUUGUCAAUUCCAGAGCAUUUUUUUUUACAGUUCGUCUGCUUUGCUGAGGACAUUUUCUACAUGUUGGGAAUCUAUAUUGGAGCAAUCCUGACACUGUUGACUGGGAGGCAGAAUAUAUGUCACGGUGGAAAAUGGAUCAAAACUCUACGACACACAUUCCAAACAUACAGAUUAUGUUCAGCCGGUUUACACUUAAAGUUCCAGUGCAGAUUAAAAGAUUGAUCUGGUCUGUGUUUUGAUUAGUUUAAGAGAUAUUUCCCACUAAAUCACAUUUAAUGAACUGGAAACACUUGCAGCUUUGAGCUAUGUCUUUAAGGGAUCAAUACAAGAUAUGUAUUUGAAUGUAAUAUUACCUCUGUGUUAUCUACUUGGUCGGACCAAAUAAUGGGCAUAAAUUGGUUCAACAGGAGAAAAGUUAUCUUAUGUUUUCCACCUAUAUAAUAUCGCAAAAGUCCUCUGUUACUGACUCACUGUGCUGCACAGGUUUGUGUUCUAACUCUUCCUCUGCAAAGACCUUUCGGUUCAGUGUAUCUCAUACCUAAUGGACUUUAAUCUUUUAGGCUUUUGACGGUUUGAUUUCUUCUCUGGGAGCAAAUUUCUGGUUCUUAAAGCUGCUUUCCAAACAACUAUAACUUAAAAAGAAGUGCCGUAAAUAUGUGUAAUAUAUAUAUGUUUUGGUUGUGUAUCAAUGUGAACAUAUUUUUCUCCUCUGAAGAUGAUUUUGUUCAAGAUUUCUAUCUGCUCUCUAUUCAACCUGCAAUAAAAGAUUUUUAACUUAAA